AUGGGGUCAAGCUCCCCAAGUGUUGACCUCGACGACCCGGACGCUCCACUUCUACGGUCCCGCUCUUACUUCUACCACAUCAUGGCUGUGAAGGCGUCGCUCCGACAACGCUUUCUCGGACUCUUGCGCUGUCGCGCAGAUCUGAGCCACCCAGUCAAGAAGAAGAGAGUGACGUACCGACUCGUCAUUUUCCUGCCAUUGCUGGCAUUGUUGACGUUCGCGCUGGUCAUAUUGUAUUACGCAGUCGCGUUCAGCAUACUACGUGUGGUGCAGCCUCCAGCACCGAGGAAUGGCCUGCAGGACAUAAUGGACCACUGGAAGGGUCCUGGGUCGGCAGAUCUAUCAAACAUUGAUCGCUACACCUUUGCGGCCGGAGUAAAACCCAUACCGUGCCAUAGUCACAAUGACUACUCUCAGCGCGUGCCACUCUUCCAGGGAUUGUCCGUUGGCUGCACUAGCACCGAGGCAGAUGUAUAUCUUCCAGCAGUCCAGUCGCAUACAACCGAUCUACUUAUAGCACACAAACGUGGAGCGACCACGUCUUCUCGGACUUUGAGAUCACUUUACCUCGAUCCUUUAUUAGCCAUUCUCACCGCCGUCAAUGUCGGCAGUGCCGACUCCGCCAAGCAUGGAGUCUACUCCAGCACUCAGUCCAACCAGACGCUACGGUUGCUGAUCGAUGUCAAGGAGACGAGGUCUAUACGCAUCGCAUCGACGUUCUACCUUCUUCAGCAGCAGCUUCAGCCUCUUCGUCAAGCAGGGUACCUGACCACCUAUAAUACUUCAACGUCAACGUUGGUCAUGCGGCCAUUGACGAUCAUCAUGACAGGAUCCGCCGAGCUAUCUCACAUCACCAACCACACGCUAAACCCAUUCCACGACGUCUUUCUCGACGCACCCUUGCACGACCUGUAUCCUUCCGGCGCUGAGAGUCCUUACAAUAUCUCCAACUCCUGCAUGGCGAGCACAUCUCUCGCUACGCGUGUCGGAAAACCCAAUAUGCUGACAGGCAAGCUUAGCAAAUCCCAGCUCGCGAAAAUCGACGAGCAGGUUGCUGGUGCUCGAAAGUUGGGACUCGGGGCGCGUUACUGGGGUACGCCAACGUGGCCCGUGGGUGUGCGGAGCGGAAUUUGGUGGGAGAUGUUGACGCGUGUUGAUCCGACGUCGUGGCUUGGUGAUGCUGGCGAUGUCGACACUGAAGCCACCGAAGAUGGAGGUAGCACAGGCUGGGUCAAUGUUGACGACCUGGAGGUCUUCCGGCGAUGGGACUGGGACACAGGCGCAGGUAGACGAGGAACGUCAACAUUGCUGGAUUGGUGCUGGUUCUUGGGGCGGAUCAUUGGGGAUGGUGUCUGUCGGUGA